AUGGGGAAGGGAAAGAAUAAAACUCACGAAGACAGAUCAUCAACCAGCAAGCAACGUACAUCAAAUUGUCACAAGUCCAAACAACACCACAUUCGAAAGGGUCGUCAAGAACUCGGUGCAUCAAACACCGCUGAAACCGCAACCAGGAAAUUCCCAACCAAAUUAGCCAUGUGGGAUUUCGACCACUGUGAUCCCAAAAGAUGUAGUGGUAAAAAACUAGAACGAUUAGGUCUCAUAAAAAAUCUCCGUGUGGGACAAAAAUUCCAAGGGGUCGUGGUUUCACCUAAUGGGAAAUCAAUCGUUUGUCCAAAUGAUCGUGAACUUGUAGAAGAAAAUGGAGCGGCUGUUGUUGAAUGUUCAUGGGCGAGAUUGGAUGAGAUUCCAUUUCUGAAAAUUGGAGGAAGAAAUGAGAGAUUGUUGCCAUAUCUCGUAGCUGCCAAUCCGGUGAAUUAUGGUCGUCCAUGGAGAUUGAAUUGUGUUGAGGCACUUGCUGCUUGUUUUGCGAUUGUGGGACAUAUCGACUGGGCUGAGAUGUUGUUGGAGAAUUUUAGUUGGGGAUUGACUUUUUUGAAGAUUAAUGAAGAGUUGAUCCAGUUAUAUCAGAAAUGUACUGAUACUGAAUCGAUAACCAAGGCACAAGAUGAGUGGUUGGCCAAGAUCGAGAAGGAAGCUAAGGAAAGAAAGGAACAGGUUAAUAAUGUGGAUGAUAUUUGGUUGAUGGGAAAUGUUAAUAGAAAAGAUGCAGCAGAAGAGGAAGUGGAUAGCGAGGAAGAGGAAGAUGAAUGCGAAAGUGAUGCUGAGUAUGAUAACUUAGGAAACAAAAUACCGAAGAAAAAGUACGAUUCAUUAGGUAAUGAAAUCGAUGAAGAUAGUGGUGAUGACGAGGAAGAAGAAGACGAUGUAGACGAAGACAGGGAAGUUAGAUAUGAUUCCUUGGGGAACAUUAUAGAAAGUGAAGACGAAGAAGAAGAAGACGAGGAUGCAAGUGAAACGGGAAGUGACGGAGAACCCGUUUACCACGAAUUUCGCAAUAAUAUAACCCGAGAUGAACUUUCCAAUAGAGUUAGUGGCUUGUCUAUAUAG